AUGAAUGACCUUUUCAAUGGCAGGAAUGUUGCAAAUGCCAGCAUAAGUGAAGAAUGGAUACAAAGAAUUGUUACAGAUUCCCAAGAGGCUUCCUUUGCCAAUUUCCUAGAACAGCUUUACAAGAGAGGAAACAUUAACCUCCAACCAACAAACAAUCAGCGAGGCUUAAGAUUGGGUCAAACGAACGAUGAUGUCUCAGCCGCUCAUCAUAUUCAUACGCACAAAGAUGGUUCAACUUGGCACCUGCCAGAAGAGUAUGAAUGGCCACAAGGGACAGCUCAGAGUCUUUGGAAUGCUUGGAGCACAGAAGAUACAGUGAAUAAGAUUCCACCACUGAAAUUUCUCAAAGGUGCUGACUUCGGAUUCAUGGCAGGAAAAGUAAAGCGCACGCCUCGGCGGAAAUUCAAUGAUAUUAAGACCCUAUGUAAAUAUAUUGAAACGCAGGCAGCAAACAAGGGACUUGAGACUGCAAACUUGACAAUCGAGGAAGAUGAUGAUAUUUUCCUUAAAAUUGCAACAGAAGAAAAUUGUUUGAAGCUUCCUGAUGGGAAGCGAUCGGUCCGAUUGGCCAUGACACUGAAAAAAGUACGGGAAUCCAGAAAGCUGGCACGACAACCACAAGAAACAAAUCCAACAAAUCCAACAGAGCCAUCAGUGAACCAAGAUGAAGAAGUUGGAGAAAAUGAAGAAGAUACUAGUACAAGAAGAAAUCCUGCAACAACAAGGAAUACGGAGAUGACAACAACACCCACAGUCGAACGUCGUCUGUUUGUCCAUCAGAUAAUGGCCGUUGUUGAACGUCUGCACCCCAACGGCUAA